AUGCCAACUCUCAACAUCUCGAAACCAGAGAGACGUGGAAGGAAAGACGACAACUACAUCAACGUUCACUCGGAAAGCAACUCUAGUUGCGAAGUUCUCUCGUUAGAUCGCCCGAUUACUGCAUCAAAGGGCUGUCUCGUAUGUUUGAACGAAUGCAGCGGUCUGGACACGUGUGGCAAGUUUCUCGCCUUGGGCGUCGGGUCCCGUUGGACAGUUGUGAAAGAGCAAAGGUUGUGCAGAAAGUGUCUACGGAGGCAUUACGGUGCCUGCCACGUGAAAACACCCUGUGGAAGAAACGGUUGCUCGUUCAUGCACAACACAUUGUUGCACGACGACAAGCGAUAUAACAAACGUUUGACUCCCGAACCAGCGCAGCAGUCUAACGAGAGUUCAACAACACAGAGCUGCAACACGCAUUCGAAGAGGGCGGGAAAGGUUUUAUUUCGGUACGUGCCUGUAACGAUCUACGGUAAAGGAAAGCAAGUGACAACCUAUGCUUUCCUCGACGAUGGGUCGUCGGCGACUUUGAUGGAGCACGGCCUACUGAGAGAAUUAGAUCUUAAAGGAACGCCCUAUCCAUUGUGCUUGAAUUGGACGGGUGGCCACCAGCGGGAAGAAGAUGAGUCAGUCUUACUGACGUUGAAGAUCUCCGGUGUAAACGACACUCCGGAAGUGUUCGACCUUCCAGAGGUUUAUACGGUUAGGGAUCUUUCUCUUCCGAAACAGUCGGUCUCAGUCUCGCAGUUGGCAACUAAGUACAGCUAUCUCAAAGGUUUGCCAUUGAAAUCCUACGAUGAUGUCUCUCCACGGAUCCUUAUAGGGAUGAAUAAUUGCCGCCUGGGUCACGCCCUGAGAAGUGUCGAAGGUGGUGAGAACGAACCGGUGGUGUCCAAAACCCGCCUUGGAUGGAUUAUAUACGGACCUUGCACCAUGGAAUCUGGUACGACGAACUCCGGCUGUAGCAGUUAUCACAGUUUCCACAUCUGUCCCUGUGUUAGGGAAGAAGAAAGGGAUCUGAAUGCGGCACUUAAGGAAUACUACUCAAUUGAGUCGUUGGGAAUCUCUGGUUCACAAAAAUCACUACAUUCAAAAGAUGAGGAGCGCGCGAUUAAAAUUCUGUCAACCGAAACACGACUGGUAGGGAAUCGCUACGAGACCGGCCUAUUGUGGCGCUAUGAUCAAGUACAGCUACCCGACAACAAGGGAAUGGCUGCAAAGCGCCUAGCUUGUCUACAGAAGCGAAUGAGACGGGAACCCGAAUUAGUUGCGGCGAUGCGAUCGAAAAUGCUUGAGUACGAGGAGAAGGGUUACAUUCGGCGACUGUCGGCAAUGGAGAAGGCGGAGAAACAUUCUAACGACUGGUAUCUACCAAUCUUCCCAGUAACCAACCCGAACAAACCAGGGAAGCUACGAAUCGUAUUCGACGCGGCCGCCAAGGUCAACGGCGUCUCACUGAACUCGUUCCUCCUAACGGGACCCGAUCAAUUGGUGUCACUGCUUACAGUUCUGUAUAAGUUUCGCGAGUUUCACGUCGCCGUAGUGGGAGACAUUCGGGAAAUGUUCUUCCAAGUACAGAUGAAGAAGCUAGACCAACGAAGCCAGAUGAUUUUGUGGAGCAACGGUAAUCCGGAGGAUGAACCCGAAGUGUAUGCGGUAGCAGUUAUGACGUUCGGUGCGGCAUGCUCUCCAAGCUGUGCGCACUAUGUCAAGAACCGAAACGCUGAAAGAUUCGAAGAGCAGUAUCCACGAGCGGUAGAGUGCAUAAAGUAUGAGCAUUAUGUCGACGACAUGUUGAUGAGUGUUGAGACUGAGGAGGAAGCUGUAAAACUAGCCAGCGAGGUACGAUCUAUCCACUCUCAGGGAGGAUUCGAGAUACGCAAUUGGUUAUCAAAUUCCCGUUCGGUCAUCGAUAAUCUGCACGAGGUCAGUACCACGGAAAAGAACAUGAGCUUUUGCGCGGAGAUGACGACGGAAAAGGUGCUCGGUAUGUGGUGGGACACCACAACAGACACGUUCACGUUCAAAUUAUCACCGAAGCACGACGAGCAGCUACUUUCCGGAAUCAGGAUGCCAACAAAACGAGAAGUUCUGAGAACACUGAUGGCUAUAUACGAUCCGAUGGGAUUCAUUGGUAAUUUCCUCAUCUACUUGAAAAUCCUGAUGCAGGAAAUCUGGCGUUCCGGAUGUGGUUGGGAUGAUGAAAUCAACGGAAAGCUGGCCGAAAAGUGGCAGACGUGGAUCGAAGCGUUGCCGAACGUCCAUCAAGUUAAGAUUCCUCGCUGCUACCGAAUUAUAACAUCUGCCAAACCAGCCAACAAUGUGGAAUUGCAUAUUUUCUGCGAUGCCAGCGAGAAUGGGAUGGCUGCUGUGGCCUACUUCAGGUUCGAGGAAGAAGGAAAGGUGAAAUGUGCGAUGAUUGGAUCUAAAACACGCGUAGCCCCUCUGAAGUUUCUCUCUAUCCCUCGACUUGAGCUGCAAGCUGCCGUUAUUGGAGCUCGUCUAGCCGACUGUAUCGUCAAAUCACAUCGUAUUAAGAUCAUGCGCCGUGUUUUCUGGACAGACUCCCGUGAUGUGAUAUGCUGGUUACGAUCUGACCAUCGGCGCUAUAGCCAGUUCGUUGCCUUCAGGGUCAGUGAGCUGCUGGAUACAACUCAAGUGGAUGAGUGGAGAUGGUUGCCAACUAAGAUGAACGUAGCGGACGAAGGUACGAAGUGGCAAAGGCUGCCAGACUUACGCCCUAGUAGCCGCUGGUUUCGCGCACAGGAUUUUCUUUGGGAAUCGGAAGCCGAAUGGCCUGGUCACAAUCGAGAUCAAGGAUCAACUGUAGAAGAAAUUCGACCCAGUGUCCUACAUCAUACAGUUACCGAGCCGCUAGUGAGUUUCGAGCGCUUCUCCAAAUGGAAACGUCUGCUGAGAUCGAUGGCAUAUGCCCAUCGUUUCAUCACGAAUCUUCAUAAGCGCAUCGAAGGGGCCACCGCCGAGCUGGGACCACUAACGCAGGAAGAGCUGAAACUGGCGGAAAGCACAAUUUACCGGAUUGUUCAACAGCAGGCAUACCCUGACGAAAUGCGCUUGAUCCGUAGCAAUAGCUCAGAUGCCAGUCCGUGGAAACGUACCUUGCUAAAAAGCAGCUCGUUGUACAAGCUGAGUCCAGCUAUCGAUGAACUCGGUGUUCUACGGAUGCGAGGGCGUAUAAACGCAUGCGAAUGGGUUGACGAGGCGACCAAAAACCCCAUCCUGCUUCCAAGACGGAAUCCCGUGACUGAUCUGGUGCUCGCUGAGUACCACGCUUCUUGCCGUCAUCAGAAUCAUCACACAGCGCUGAACCAGGUUCGAUUGAAAUUCAGCAUCCCUCGUCUUCGUUCAGAGUUCGAUCGUGUACGCAGAAACUGUCAGCGUUGUAAAGUCCGACAAUCAAAGCCACAACCUCCAGCGAUGGGAAACCUCCCGCUUGCCCGUAUGGCAGCAUUUCAAAGACCGUUCUCGUACACCGGGAUUGACUAUUUCGGGCCAAUGUCGGUAACAGUUGGCAGAAGGGUCGAGAAAAGAUGGGGAGUACUACUUACCUGCAUGACAACCCGAGGUGUGCACAUUGAAGUAGCACAUUCGUUAACGACGGAUUCUUGUAUUCUGGCACUGCGCAAUUUCAUUGCGAGGAGGGGUUCCCCGCUGGAGAUUAUAAGCGAUCGAGGAACUAACUUCAUAGGAGCGUCGCGAGAGCUGCGCGAGGCCAUGCAGAAAAUCGACAUGACGAAACUUAUGGUUGAAUUCGUCAGUCCUAACACAAAGUGGACGUUCAAUCCACCGGCCGCUCCACAUUUUGGUGGCUGCUGGGAGCGUUUGAUCCAGUCGAUUAAAAAGAUCAUGAACGAUUUCGACGUCCCACGCCUGCCAUCCGACGAGAUUCUGCGAUCCAUUCUAUUGGAGAUCGAGAUGAUCCUGAACUCAAGACCGCUCACUGACAUACCGCUAGAAAACGACGCGGAACUUCCGUUAACGCCGAACCACUUCCUAUUAGGAUCGGCAGACGGGACUAAGCCCCCGAUUAUCUUCGAUAACGAACCGGCAGCCCUCAAGCGGUCAUGGACGAUGGCCCAGCUGUACGCCGACAGGUUUUGGAAAAGAUGGGUGGCCGAGUACCUGCCCACGUUGACACGCAAGACAAAAUGGUUUCAACCGGUGAGGCCCAUCCAGAAGGGUGAUCUGGUGCUAAUCGUGGACUGCAAUCUUCCACGGAAUUGUUGGCCACGAGGACGUGUGGUCGAAGUGGUUCAAGCCAAAGACGGACAGGUUCGUCGAGUCACCGUGCAGACUGCGACUGGGCUUCUGGAGAGGCCAGCGACCAAGAUUGCGGUGCUGGAUGUCGGUGCUAACGGCGGAGCCAAGUGCGUCCUGAGAGCCAAGUGUGUUCUGGGAGCGAAGCGUGUCCUAGGAGCCAAAUAUGUCCUAGGAGCCAAGUGUGUCCUAGGAGCCAAGUUUGUCCUAGGAGCCGAGUGUGUCCUAGGAACCAAGUGUGUUCUAGGAGCCAAGUGUGUCCUAGGAACCAACUAUGUCCUAGGAGCCAAUUGUGUUCUGGGAGCCAAGUAUGUCCAAGGAGCCAGGUGUGUCCUAGGAGCCAAGUAUGUUCUAGGAGCCAAGUGUGUCCUAGGAGCCAAGUGUGUCCUAGGAGCUAAGUGUGUUCUGGGAGCCAAGUAUGUCAUAGGAGCCAAGUAUGUCCUAGGAUCCAUGUGUGUCCCAGGAGUCAAGUGUCUUAUGAGCUUAUGA